AAUCAGCAGCGCAAAAUCCCGACACGACACCCACCAAUGUAAAAAACCUGGGCUUCUUCGUGCGACAGUCUCUCUCUACCAUCUUCAAAGCUCUUUCGGUCAUUUUGUUACGGCAUUUCACUUUGGAAAGCUGACCGACUGUCUUGCCUCUCCUGCGUAUAGGAGCAUUCCAUUACGCGACCAAUUCUAGUAUUUAAUUGCCGACCGAGCUUGACGUGCCUUGUCCCUCUCGCAUCCGGAAAUCUCCAACAGUUGUCUUUACGCCAGCCAUCCAAUAUGGCUGACCAACAGGCCAGUCUGCAGGAAAUCCUCGCGCGCCUUGGCGCUGCGCAAUCCGCAACACCCCAGCCUCCUCCUGGCGCGGGAGCUGGUCUGCCUGCUUACCCUCCACCUCAACAGUAUCCGAACGCACCGCCGCCUGCUCCCUAUGGAGCGCCUAAUCCCUACUCUUACCCGCAACCUUCUGCCAGCGGCAGCGUUGACCUGUCCAAGGUGACACCGUACUCCUCCGGUGUCGUGCCGGGUCCCGGCGCUGGCGGCGACAGUUUCCAGGAUGCCAUCGCAAAGGCCCGAAGCUAUGCUUCGAACCAUGGAGCGACCCCCUACGAGCGUCCUGCCAACAGCUAUGGCAACGAUCAUCGCGGCGGAGCCUCGUCUGGCUAUCCACGAUCACGCUCGCGCUCACCAAGACGCGAUCAAGGGUACGGUCGCGACAACUACAACUCGUACCGCGACGAAAGACGAGAGGAUCGCGGACGCGACCAGGGCUUUGGUCGGGACCGCGAGCGAUCUUUCUCUCCCCGCAGUCGGCGCCAGAAUAACACUUUUUGCUCCGCGCGGCGGCCACGGAGCUCGCGAGCGCAGUCCGAUGGGCGGCGGCGGCGACGACAACUCGGAGAUUAUGCAAAUCGAAGCAAGCCUUGUCGGUCUCAUCAUUGGCCGAGGAGGCGAGAACCUGCGCCGCAUAGAAAAUGACACGCAGUGCCGCGUUCAAUUCCUCCCCGCUGCCCCCACUGACGGCGAUCAUCGCCAAUGCAAGAUCUCUGGGCCAGCUUUCAGGCGUGCAGAGGCUAGGGCUGCUAUCAACCGCAUCAUUGACGACAGUGGCAUGGCACCCCUCAACAGAGGUGGUGGUGGUGGUGGCGGCGGCGGCUACAAUGCUGGUGGCAGAGAUCGCAAUGCUGUGAUUGAGCCCAAGGAAGGCGAGGAAUGCAUCCAGAUUAUGGUCCCCGAUAGAACCGUGGGCCUGAUUAUUGGGCGUGGCGGUGAGACAAUACGGGAUCUUCAAGAGCGAAGCGGCUGUCACAUCAAUAUUGUUGGUGAGCAGAAGAGCGUCAACGGGCUGCGUCCGGUCAACCUGAUAGGAAGCAUGGAGACUACCACGCGGGCCAAGAACCUCAUCAUGGAGAUUGUGGAUAGCGACACCCGCAAUGGAGGUGCUCCCGGUGGUGGAGGUGGAGGACGACCGCAGUAUGGAGAUGGACCUCCUGGCCGUGGCCAACGCGGCGACCACAUGGGUGGUGGACCUGAUAAGACGAACGAUUCCAUUUACGUGCCCUCGGAAGCCGUUGGUAUGAUCAUCGGCAAAGGUGGCGAGACCAUCCGUGAGAUGCAGAGCAGCACCGGCUGUAAGAUCAACGUUUCACAGUCGUCUGGACCAAACGAAACCGAGCGCGAGAUCGGGCUUGUCGGCAGCCUGGACGCUAUCGCAAGGGCCAAACAGGCCAUCGAAGACAAGGUCGAAGCAGUCCGCCAGAAGAACAGCGGCGGCGGCGGCGGCGGUGGCAGUGGAUACGGAGGACGUGGACGUCAUCGCGAUUAUGAUAACCCGAACUAUGGACAGGCAUCUAACCACAGCGCACCAGCAGCUCAGAGUCAGCAACCUCCUGCAGUGCAGGGUCAGCCAGCCGGAGGAGCUGCCGGAGCCGAUCCUUAUGCAGCCUAUGGUGGCUACCAAGCGUAUGCUGCCAUGUGGUUCCAGGCCAUGGCCCAAGCGCAACAGCAACAGGGCGGUGAUGCUGACAAGAAAACCGGCCCCCCUGGAGUUUAGGUGCUCCUUUGAGAUGCACUUCGACAUGACGACUGCAACUGUGUGCUUGAUGCCAUGAUGCUCGCGAUAUGAGUAACUUGCACGCCAUGAAUGCACCGACUGCCUGACAAGGAUUUUGAUUCCGUGCUCACCUCCACGAUGCCACCAUCACGAACAACACUCAUCUUGGAUCACAUUACCCACGACAUGAUGUUGCACAACAUUCUGAUGAUUCUGGCCGCCCUUAAUCCUUUUAUGACCUCCUUGUCCCGCCCAUAACAUCUUCUGGCACGUCUCCCUUUUUUUUUCUUGGUUCCUCUGACGGCCCAGGGUGGCCAGCCGCACACAUGCCCCGAAUGAAGUGUCGCUCAACACCGUCAUGUCGAGUUGUCUGUGAUGCUUGUCACUUCGCCAACAAAAGCUCGAAAUCCGUCCAGGCCGUGUUAACUGCAUAUUGCGAAUGGCGGUGACAUGCAUGGACGUUGCCACGCGCGCAUGACUUGGAUUGAUGAUUGAUCAACUUGAAAAGUCGUAAUCAUGGAUUCAUCCGCUUCAGAGAAUCAUCACGCGCGAGUACGACUGUUGUUUGCUGAGAUUUGGCUUGCAUGAUCAAGAUGUCACCCAGGAGUACCGACAUGACGAAAAGCACAGUCCAGGGCCCCCUCUUCGCCCGGUUGUGGAAAAUAUUCAAGGGAGUGACGUCUUUGCUCGUGUCCCGACUUUUGACUUGGUCUGGUUCCUGGAAGCUGCAUUACUUGCAUCGUACCAUCAUACGCCCGCGUGCUUGGAAGGUAUUGCAAUUAUUCUACUUGCAGCUCUCUCGAACAGCUGCUUGAUUGUGCUUUUGCCAUGACAACUCCUGGCCAUGAGAGAGAAAAUGCUCUUGAACGAGGAGUUCUUGCGCCAUAUACGUGGUUUCAUGGUUCUAAAGGAGUUACGUUUGGUACUUGCCAGGUUUUUCGUCUCUUCAUUUUCUUCUCUAUUUUUUUUUCUUGGGAAAAAAAAACGCUCUCAGUGUCUCGGGCGACUUGACUUUGGCCCGGCCUUCUCACUGAACGUUGAAUGGCAUUUCUAUAAAAGAAAAAAAAAGAAAAAAAAAGACCAUGAACGCCGACGAGACAUGGUUUUUGAUUCAUCGAGAUUUCUCGCAUCUACGUCCGAAGUCUGCUCGAAAAAUCACCCGCUAAGGAAGGGUUGGAAGGGUACAAAGAGUUUCUUUUUUUUUUCUAUCGGUCGGUUAUACUGCAUGGUUGCAUCAAGGUUUUCUUGCCUCUUUUUCCUCUCUUUUUUUAUUUCCUUCUAUAGUGUAUAAUUACUUGGUAAAAGCACAUUCAACAAUAUUUCUCGG